AUGGCUCUUCUGAGGAGACGACCAUCAAAUGGUUACUCAAAGAUCGACAAUGAAGACCCAGAAGAGAAAAAACAUCAGCUGGCGCAGUUCUUGAUCCAGAAAGUGCUUUUGCAGGCGGAUUCUCGAAGAAGAUCAUGGGUUUUGAGAAUCAGGAUUUGUAGGUUGAAGGUUAAGAUUGGGAGGAGAUUAAAGAAGCUGAGGAAGGUUUGCAUGUUGUUUGGCAUAUCUGCGGCAAGAGUCGGUGCACACAAACGAGUUAUCAGCCAUGUGAAAAAAUGGCAGCGCCUGUUUCACCGUGGAGAGACAGAGACCCUUGUUAGGCUGCCUUCUGUGUUCACUUGA